CACCUCCACCACGGCUCUGAAUCUGAUUGACAAUAAUGGCGACGCGAUCGUCUUGAGUUGCACCUCAAUGAAACAUCUCGCAAGAGCGCAUUUCACCAAUCCUUUGUCAUUACCUGGACUUAAAGAUCGCUUUUAAGGAUAUCUUGCAGAAAUGAUCUCCGGAUCCUUUUCGAUCAGGAAAUACUAAGUUCUGCCGCUGGUGUCAUUUUUGGGAAAGCACUAACAAAGGUCUCUUCAUCCGUGGCGAUGUGGUUGCUGUUUACAGCCCCGUGCGUGCAUUUGUUUCGGGCAUGAAGAAAUGCGAUUACUUCACCUACAGCCAUUCAUUUAGCAAUCCCGUUUCCAUUAAAAACCGGGAAGCCUUGGUGAUAGUGGAUUAGCUGCACUGGAAGCUCUUCUGCUGCCGUUUGCAGGUUUUCACGGACAGCGGCUCGCGCAGACCUUCGGGAUCGCGUCACGCGAAGUUGGACCAUCUGUUGAACGUUUGCGAACGCACGGCAAACUUCGCAAAACAAUUUAUUACAUUACACGAUAAAACAACGAUUGUUUUUUUUUCCUAAACCGAACGUUUUUGUUGCGUUUUUGCUAACGUCAAGUAACCGCUCACAACUUUAGGAAGGUUAGCUAUAGCUGGUUAGCCAGGACUAGCUAACUGGCCUUUGCUAAAAAAAACGGGCCGUUAGAGACUGAAAUUGACCGUUUUGCCAACAUUUUCCAAAACUAUGCUUCCUUUCAUUACCAAGUAAAUUUGCUUACUCUACCACGCAAACAACUCAAAGGUUACAUGUAUAUGUCGCCUAUGUAACUAAUAGUUCACUGUAUAAAUGUUUAGUCAGUUUAUCAAUAGACAUUAUUUUUUAUGAAUUAAGCAAACAAGGGCAUCCCUUUUCUUGUCCAUACCGCUAAAUUGUCCUCCCUCACUGGCCAUUGACCCAUAUGUAAUACGGGACGAAUUAGUUAAUUUAUAACCUCAUAUUUUUCUGUGCUGGCUUAACGGCUAGUCAUAUUUAAGUUACAUAUAAUCGCAACGUCUGCUCGUAAAUGACCACCGGUAGGAAUAACCGAGUCAUGAUGGAAGGAGUGGGUGCUCGAGUGAUCCGCGGUCCUGACUGGAAGUGGGGUAAACAGGACGGUGGAGAGGGGCACGUCGGCACCGUCAGGAGUUUUGAGAGUCCGGAGGAGGUGGUGGUGGUUUGGGACAACGGCACCGCCGCCAAUUACCGCUGCUCCGGAGCCUAUGAUGUGAGGAUAUUGGACAGUGCGCCCACAGGAAUCAAGCACGAUGGCACCAUGUGUGACACCUGUCGGCAGCAGCCCAUCAUCGGGAUCCGGUGGAAAUGCGCAGAGUGCACCAACUAUGACCUCUGCACCACCUGUUACCAUGGUGACAAACACCACCUGCGCCACAGGUUCUACCGCAUCACCACCCCGGGUAGUGAGAGAGUUCUUCUGGAAUCUCGUCGCAAGUCAAAGAAGAUCACAGCCCGGGGCAUCUUUGCAGGAGGACGGGUGGUGCGGGGAGUGGAUUGGCAGUGGGAGGAUCAGGAUGGCGGGAAUGGAAGAAGAGGGAAGGUGACAGAGAUCCAGGACUGGAGUGCUGCCAGCCCCCACAGCGCAGCCUACGUCCUCUGGGACAACGGGGCCAAGAACCUCUACCGAGUGGGAUUCGAGGGCAUGUCUGAUUUGAAAUGUGUGCAAGAUGCCAAAGGAGGCGCUUUUUACAGAGACCACUGUCCAGUGUUGGGUGAGCAGAAUGGAAACAGGAACCCCGGAGGGCUGCAGAUCGGAGACUUGGUCAACAUUGAUUUGGACCUGGAGAUCGUUCAGUCGCUGCAGCACGGUCACGGAGGCUGGACUGAUGGCAUGUUUGAGACCCUCACCACCACAGGCACUGUGUGCGGCAUCGAUGAAGACCAUGACAUAGUGGUGCAAUAUCCCAGUGGAAACCGGUGGACGUUUAACCCAGCGGUGCUCACCAAGGCAAACGUCGUACGCAGCGGAGAGGUGGCGGCUGGAGCGGAGGGAGGCAGCUCUCAGUUCCUGGUGGGAGACUUGGUCCAGAUCUGCUAUGACAUAGACCGCAUCAAACUACUCCAGAGAGGACAUGGAGAGUGGGCUGAAGCUAUGCUGCCAACUCUUGGAAAAGUGGGCAGAGUGCAGCAGAUUUACUCUGACAGCGACCUGAAAGUCGAGGUGUGCGGGACGUCCUGGACGUACAAUCCAGCUGCUGUCACUAAAGUGGCUCCUUCUGGAUCUGCUGUUACUAAUGCUUCUGGAGAGCGCCUGUCUCAGCUCCUCAAGAAACUUUUUGAGACUCAGGAGUCUGGAGACAUUAAUGAAGAGCUGGUGAAGGCCGCCGCCAAUGGAGACCUGGCCAAAGUAGAGGACAUCCUGAAGAGACCUGAUGUAGACGUGAACGGGCAGUGCGCAGGACACACCGCCAUGCAGGCAGCCAGCCAAAAUGGACACGUGGACGUCCUCAAACUGCUGCUGAAACAUAAUGUAGACCUGGAGGCUGAGGAUAAGGAUGGAGACCGAGCUGUCCAUCACGCGUCCUUCGGGGACGAGGGCUCCGUCAUUGAGGUUCUGCAGCGAGGCGGGGCCGACCUGAACGCCAGAAACAAACGCAGACAGACGCCCCUGCACAUCGCUGUCAACAAGGGCCACCUGCAGGUGGUGAAGACUUUGCUUGACUUCGGCUGCCACCCCAGUCUGCAGGACUCGGAGGGAGACACACCGUUGCAUGAUGCCAUCAGCAAGAAGAGGGAUGACAUGCUCUCUGUGCUCCUGGAAGCAGGUGCAGACGUCACGAUUACCAACAAUAACGGCUUCAACGCGCUUCACCACGCGGCUCUGCGAGGGAACCCCAGUGCUAUGCGGGUGCUGCUGUCCAAAUUGCCACGGCCAUGGAUAGUGGAUGAGAAAAAGGAUGAUGGUUACACUGCGCUUCACCUGGCCGCCCUCAACAACCACGUGGAGGUGGCAGAGCUUCUAGUCCACCAGGGAAAUGCUAAUUUGGACGUACAGAACGUUAACCAGCAGACGGCAUUGCACCUUGCGGUCGAGCGUCAGCACACCCAGAUAGUGCGACUCUUGGUGCGAGCCGAGGCGAAGUUAGACGUGCAAGACAAGGACGGAGACACGCCGCUGCACGAGGCCCUGCGUCACCACACUCUGUCCCAGCUGCGACAACUUCAGGACAUGCAGGACGUCAGCAAAGUGGAACCCUGGGAGCCUUCCAAAAACACAUUGAUCAUGGGACUGGGCACUCAGGGGGCUGAGAAGAAGAGCGCAGCUUCUAUCGCUUGUUUUUUGGCGGCCAACGGAGCUGACCUCACCAUCCGAAACAAGAAGGGCCAGUCUCCUCUGGACCUGUGCCCUGACCCCAGCCUCUGCAAGGCUCUAGCUAAAUGCCACAAAGAGAAGACCAGUGGGCAGGUUGGCUCCCGCAGCCCGUCUCUUAACAGUAAUAAUGAGACUCUCGAGGAAUGCAUGGUGUGCUCGGAUAUGAAAAGGGACACGCUUUUCGGCCCCUGCGGUCAUAUCGCCACAUGCUCUCUCUGCUCGCCUCGUGUCAAGAAGUGUCUCAUUUGCAAAGAACAGGUCCAGUCUAGAACCAAGAUUGAGGAGUGUGUGGUUUGCUCUGAUAAAAAGGCAGCCGUCCUCUUCCAGCCCUGCGGUCACAUGUGCGCUUGUGAGAACUGCGCCAGCCUGAUGAAAAAGUGUGUACAGUGUCGGGCCGUGGUGGAGCGCCGCACUCCCUUCGUUUCGUGCUGUGGAGGGAAAGGUAUGGAGGAUGCCACUGAUGAUGAGGACCUUACGUAUACCACAGGCCAGGCUGAAUUGGCCCCUGAGCCAACAGCAGGGGUACGUGCAAUACGUAACACUGUGGCUGGUUGCUUCUCAGCAGGGAGCUCUAACUCAUUGGCAGGGGGGUCGCAGGAUCUUCUCCAGCCCAACAAUCUGGCACUAAGUUGGUCCAGUGGAAAUAUCCCAGCCAUGCAGAGGGACAAAGACAACACUAAUGUCAAUGCAGAUGUGCAGAAGUUACAGCAGCAACUGCAGGAUAUCAAAGAGCAGACCAUGUGCCCCGUGUGUCUGGAUCGCCUAAAAAACAUGAUCUUCAUGUGCGGUCACGGCACUUGUCAGCUUUGCGGAGACCGAAUGAGCGAGUGCCCCAUCUGCCGCAAGGCCAUCGAACGUCGCAUCCUGCUUUACUAGAGCGCCAGGCCAGCGCAAACCUCCCUGUUUCUCAGCCACAAGUCUGUGCUGCUGCUCUCAUAAGCACCUUUCCUGUAUCCGCAAGGCUCUCCGUGUCUCACGCUAAGCUAAGAGACAUCAGUGUUACGCCAUCCAUCUUUUAUUU